GCGGCGCCGCUGUAUUCGGUACGAUUCUGGGUACGUGAACUGCGAACCGUACGUGUGAAAUUCGGCGAGAAAACAUGGCUGACGCACGUUCGAGAAUUCGAAUGUAAAGCUACUAGGAGAUCACAAAACUUAAAGAUAAUAGCCAGCUCGAUUGUCUUUUUUCCUAUUUGAGGUAUCUGUGGUUGGAUUUUCAGUUUGCACGAACAGCGAUCGACGUAUUUUGCUGUUUAUAUACCGUUCUACAAGGACUUUCGUGCGAUGGUCUAGGACUAUCUAUAAUUACGUGAUACAACUAGCUUCACGACCAUGAGUAACACAGGCAAAAGGAAGAAGCGCAGCUCCAGUCUCAAGGGGUCCCUCAACCCCUCAAAGCGUCACAGAGACCGCUUCAACAUUGAGCUGGAUAAUCUUGCAAAACUGUUGCCAUUUCCCCAUGAUGUUAUUCAAAAGCUGGACAAGCUUUCUAUCCUACGAUUGUCUGCUAGUUAUUUGCGGGCAAAAAAUUUCUUCAAAGAACAAAAAUGGGAUAAUGAAGAGCAGAAAGAUGAAGCUAAAAAUAGAAUCAAGCCCUUUGAGGGGAAUGGAAACCUGUCAAAACUCAUUCUUGAGGCAUUGGAUGGGUUUGUCAUUGUUCUCACUCAAGACUUUGAGUUGUUCUAUGCUUCGGAGACAAUUCAAACAUACCUUGGUCUCUCUCAGGCAAGCGUGAUCCAUCAAGAUUUCCUGCGAUUCAUCCAUGUUGAUGACCAUGAAAUGAUAACAAAAUACCUCCAGCCAAACUCUGUAGAACAGAAAAUCAAGAUUCUUGAUGAUGAAAAUGAUGGGAGCGAAAAGAAGGAAGAAGAUUCCUGUUCAGAGUCCAGUGAAUCAGCCUCGAGUGCAGAGAGGACAUUUGUUUGCAGAAUGAAAUGCAUUCUGAACACCAGUGCUGGAUUUUUUAAGCCAUUCAGGUGUAAUGGGCGCUUGCGUGAGAUGACACUCCCUGAAAGUGACAAGAGGGAGUAUGGCCUCUUCCUUAUCUGCACUCCAAUGGAGACAAUGACCAACUCAAUAUUAGAAAUACGCUUGAAGACCUCUUUGUUCUGUACCAAGAACAGAAUGGAUCUCAGCUUCAUGGACAUUGAUCAAAAGGGUCGUUCACUUCUUGGUUAUCACAAGCGUGAUAUUGCACUGCAGUCCAGCUACUGUAUGAUUCACUUCGAUGACAUCCCUGUUCUAGGGCUGCUCCACAAGGACUUAAUGUCUUCAGCCAAAUGCCAGGGGACGUUUCGAAUGUUGAACAAGAACAUGAAGUGGCAAUGGCUGACAGGAACAGCUCAAGUAGUCUUCAAAGGCAGUGAACCAGACUUCAUUAUCACAACAAACAGACCUCUUAGUGAUGAAGAGGGCGAAGAAGUUCUACGCCAAAGAGGCCAAUUGCCAGCACUCCCAUUUACAACAUCAAAUGGUAAUAACAAAGUACCGAGUUUCUUCCCGGAUGGCUCUCAACCACAAGACUUCAAAAUGCCAGAGCCUCCUCUGCCAAAAUUCUUCCAGGGUACCAAGAAAGGGCAUUCGUUCAAUGAAGGCCCUCACAGCAUGAUAUCUGGAGGUAUGACAGGUCCAAAAGAGGAACCCCUUUCACCUCAGUCUAGUGGCUCCCCAUUUCAUGAGGAUGGUUUCCGCUCUACUUCUUGUACUUCUGCACCUGUGACUCUUGCAGACCUUGAGCUUGGUGUAGAUUUGCAAGAGGAGCUAAACCGAGAUGCUCCUGAGCUAAUGCUGCUGUCACAAGAUUUCAAUACGGACUUGAACAGUUUUCCAGAUUUUGUGAAUGGUUUGGGUCAACUCGCUAUGGAAGACGUUCCGUUUGAAGACUUACCGACAUUCGAAGAUGCAAUGGCCCUGGCACAGGAAUGUCUGUCUACACCAACAGAAUCAACAAGUUCAAUGACGAGUCCUUGUGGUAGCCAGAUGUCAUACCCUGCCCGGAGCCCCCCGCAUGUCCAAUGUGACCCAUUCUCGCCAACAUCCUCUGCUGGUCAUCCUUCGCCCUUCCCUUCCCCUAUUGGGUCUCACGGUCCCUCUAUAUCACCUGCUGGCUUGCCAACUCCUGACCCUUCCCCCCUUGAAAGGCCUGGUAGUGAGGCAGCCAGGAUCAAUAUUUCUUGGCAGGGGGCAGGACAGAUGAGAAUGCCUAACCAGGGACCUUAUCAGCGAGGUGCUCCAUCACCCCAGCAGAUGAAGCCCCCACCAGUUAAUGGUGGCAUUCUCUCAAAAUCAGCUCGCCUUGCCAGCAUGCAGAAGAAUGAGCGGUUAAACUAUCGUAGCUGCGCCGUACCGUCUCCACCUGGUCCUCCAAUGCCACCAGCAUGGUCAUCUCACCAGCCACCUGCACCACCCAAUAACAGCCCGAUGCAGCAACCUGCAUAUAACUCGUGGAACAAUGCACAGUAUCAUAACAGCUACCGACAACAUCACAUCACCCAGUCACAAGAUUCAACCUGGGGUCCCCCCAAUCAAGGCUCUGGACCCGUGCCCCCAUUCGAGGACACUUUAACCAACAUAAACUAUCCUAAUGUGGGUAUGAUGUCGCCUCCAUACCAUAACGAUAGUCCUGUUCAGGGGUUCCGUGGGUUCCCGCCCAGCAACACCCCUGUCACAAGUGCUCCGUAUUCUAACAUGGGAGAGUGGUGAUGCGUCAGAGUGGCGUCAUGCUGCAAACAGCCAAGAGAGGGUUGUCUAGAAAGGACGUCCCAGCCUUAACGUCACUGUGUUGAUGCUUCAAGGGCCAAAAGAGAGGGCCGCGCUGUAAGCUUCAUGGAUGUUAUGGUGAAGAGAAACAUGACUGAUAUGGCAGUCAUCAUCAGAUGUCUUAAAUCAUGACUUAUUGGCUUGGCCCUGAAAUUUCUGUACACGAUCUUAUUGUAAAUCAAGUGAGCCAUUAAGUUUGAGAAACUCAGGGCAGAAUACACUGAUGGCAGAGAAGAUCAUGUCACAAGGCACAGUGUAUCCAUACCCACUCAGGGAUUUCUUUGAGACAGCAAACGAUCUUUAAGUAGUGAUUCUGCUACUGUAUUAUCAAGCCAAAAAAUUUUUUUAAAUGUAAAUAGACCAUAUUUGUUCAAAGAAAGAAACUAUUCAAUACCGAGAAACGUGGUCAAUGUUUUAGAAACUGGCAAAACUAAAAAAAAAAGAUUGAAGCUGAAGAUUGUUUUUAAGUAAUGAUAUAGGGGGAAAAGCGCGUUUAUUAAUAUCUGUUUUAGGGUUUAGUCUGGUUUUCAAUAUUCUGAGAAAUCCCCGACAGUUUCAAAAUAAAUCGUUUCUUAGCUUCCGUCAUUAAAAAUCGACGACCAAUCAAAAGAUUACCAAAUGUAAUUCUGUUAGUUUAAGAAGGGACCCCAGAAAGCAUUUAGGAAAUUGACGAGACUUCACGGAAUAUUAUAAAUGCAGUAAUGCAGUGUUCCUAAGUUUAAAAGCAGUUUACAAUCACAAGAUUUAAUGGUACAGGCAAGCAUUUUUAUGUACAUAUAAAAACAAUUUGUCGUUAUAUAUUCUAUUUCAACCAAUUUCAAGUCUAUGCUACGAUCCAGAUAGGCUCACUCGUUUUCAGUCACAACUGUCUUCUUUUUUGGUGGACGUCAGUCACGGCUUUUGAAUUCUUCCAAUUUAGCAUCAGUCACAGCUAAAAUAUAAAAUUAUAGCUAAAAUAUAAAAUUCGAAUUAUGUCUUAGCAUUGCGUUGUUUUUGAUUUAGUACGUAUUUACGUAUGUAUACCUCUUGACGCCUUUCUUGACGCCUGGUUUAUGCAUGUGUGCUUUUCGGCGCUCUAAUUGGUUAGCCGUCUAACGGCUGCCGUAACUGCGAAAUGGCUUGCGUCACCAAGAAACAUUCACGACUCGGAAACGAAAAACACAAGGUGCACGUGUGACUGAAAACGAGUGUAAAUGCGUUUUUUUUUUCUACUCGGACAAGCAACCGAUCCCUACUUUACAAGAAAAUGUUUCAGAAAUUGCCGGAGUCCGUAUUGUAAGUACGAUUCACCAGAAUAAACUGAUUUGAUCUCCUUUCA